CGAAUAGAUGUUACCAUACUUUGUUUCCUUCAUUAAACAAGGGACCUCCUUUUGAGUAUAGAGGUCUUGCAUCUUUCUACCUGAGCCUGUGUCACUGUACAGACCUGACCCCUCGAAUCACCAUGGAUUUAUCUGCGCGCCCUUCUGCACUCGAAAAAACAAAUGAAGCUUUCGAUUUCAUAAAAAAACUCCUACCGGAACCACUCAAAGCUCCUCGUGUAGCUAUCGUCUGCGGCUCUGGAUUAGGUGGGCUUGCAAACACAAUUGACAAUGACCUAAGAGUAGAAAUCGAUUAUUCUGAUAUUCCUCAUUUCCCACAUUUGACCGUCGCGGGACAUGCUGGCAAACUUGUUUUCGGCCUCAUCGACAAGAAAGUUCCGGUAGUCUUAAUGGUUGGCCGCGCUCACUACUAUGAAGGCCAUUCCAUAGACCAAGUGACGUUCCCUAUCCGGGUUUUCAAGUUACUAGGAAUCGACACUGUUGUCUUGACGAACGCCGCCGGAGGACUUAACCCUGAUUAUGCUGUGGGCGACAUCGUGUUACUGAAUGAUCAUAUCUUCCUCGCUGGUCUAGCUGGGAUCCAUCCGCUGCGAGGUCCCAACUGCGAGGAAUUUGGUCCCCGAUUCCCACCUUUAUCAGACGCGUAUGAUCUUGAUUUGCGUCGUCAGGUACAUGAAGCCUGGAGAAAAUACCUGGACCCUUGCAGUAAACGAAGGUUACACGAGGGCGUGUAUGCCUUCGUUUGUGGACCGAGUUACGAAACGAGGGCAGAGUGCCGAUUGCUCCGCCAGCUCGGAGCGGAUCUUGUUGGAAUGUCCACAGUCCCCGAGAUUGUGGUUGCAAGGCACUGCGGCUUGCGAAUCAUAGCAUUCAGUUUGGUGACAAAUAAUGCUGUGCUUUCACCUGUUCCCCGUGGGGAUGAUCAUCUCAUCCAGGGAAGGGAUGUGAAAGAGUUAGAUGCCAUCCUGCAAGAGGGUAAAGCCAACCACGAAGAGGUGCUCGAAGCUGGCCGGGAGGCAGCCCAGGACAUGCAGAAGUUGGUUGUGCAUGUCAUAUCCAAGAUUUUCUAGUGUCACAACUCAUGACACUACCACAGCAGGAGCGGAGGGGAUAAACCGAUUCCUAAGAUCCGGCCGUCCGUGGAGGUACUUCUCUUUGGAGUUUGGACAGCUUGGUUGUUGAAUAUAUCAUUGUCGAUUCUUCCUGCCUUUUCUUUUGGCCACUAAACUCUUGUAGAAAGCCGUCUUCCCACUUCGUUUCUUCUGCUGCACAUCAUUGUACCUGGUUUCAAAGCGCCUGGUCUCUUUCUCCAAAGCCAAAGCCUCAUCAACAAACGUCUUUUUGCGAUCUCGCUUGGGGAUACGACCACUAAAGAAUUCUGUCGGACCUUCAAUGAUAGUUCCCACUUGGGAGUACUUUGGAGGUUGCGCCUUGCCGCUUUCCUUUUUGUAAUGUCGUUUAGGGUCUAAUAUGGAACGCAUCCGUAGAAGUUGCAAGUCUCUUUUUAGAUCA